UGGGGGGUGUACGGUGCGUCGUCGCCAUGCGACUCGACCAGAACGUCACACUGCAAACAAGAGUCAGACAAUUUGUUAUGUCGCGUUCAAACAGUAUUUUAUAUACUACGGAACCCAAAAGGAGCGCAAGUCACCGCGUGAUUCAUUGAUUUACCUGGGAGCCCCCGCUCUCCGGUUUCGUUUGUAUUGUUUCAGGAGCCUUCUAAACUUGCACGGUAGAAGCGCGUGAAAAGACCUCGGUUUAAAGUGGCAUUCGCUCUUGUAUAAGCAUGGAGAGAGAGAGAGCGUAAAGGAAAGGGCCGCCGGGACCGAUUUGGACAUGGACCAGCAGUAUUGUGAGCUUUGUGGAAAGAUGGAAAACCUGCUUAAAUGUGGACGGUGUCGGAACUCUUUCUACUGUAGUAAAGAACACCAGAAAGCGGACUGGAAGAAGCACAAGCAGUUUUGUAAAGAGGCCGAGAAACCACAGUGUCAGCCACAGCCCGAAUCAACACAACAGCCCGCACGGACUGCGAAAGGAGGGCAAGACAAGCAGCUAAAAAAGAAAAGCACAGAACAACAGAGUAAAACAGCUUCUCAGAGCACCACAAACACUGGGCUUUCAAAUCCGCCUGCAGGUGGCGAAAGAAUGAAAGAUUUGAUCACUUCAGCAACUCGCUCGGGUAGUGUGUCUGACAGCAAGCAGACUGGGGAAGGAAUUAAACUCAGCUCUAAGACCAACGGACAAACGAUGCCCCCCCCGCAAAAACUGGCUAUGGACUAUAUUGUUCCAUGUAUGAAUAAGCAUGGCAUUUGUGUUGUUGACAAUUUCCUUGGAGAAGAGACUGGACUGAGCAUUUUGGAGGAUGUGAGAGCCCUCCACAAGACUGGUAAAUUUACUGAUGGGCAGUUGGUUAGUCAAAGAAGCGACUCCACUAAAGAUAUACGAGGAGACAAAAUAACCUGGACUGAAGGAAGAGAACCUGGUUGUGAGAAGGUAGCCUUUCUCAUGAGUCGCAUGGACGACAUGGUCCGACACUGUAAUGGUAAACUGGGAAACUACAGAAUAAAUGGAAGGACGAAAGCCAUGGUGGCCUGUUACCCAGGCAACGGGACUGGGUAUGUACGUCAUGUGGAUAACCCUAACGGCGAUGGGAGAUGUGUAACGUGUAUUUACUAUCUCAAUAAAGACUGGGAGGCUAAGAAACACGGAGGAAUCCUGAGGAUUUUCCCAGAGGCCAAGGCGCAGUUCGUCGACAUCGAACCCAAGUUCGACCGCCUGCUCUUCUUCUGGUCAGACCGGCGGAACCCCCAUGAGGUGCAGCCGGCAUACUACACCAGGUAUGCCAUAACAGUGUGGUAUUUUGAUGCUGAUGAACGAGCUCGGGCCAAGGAGAAAUAUCUAACAAGUAAGAUGGAGUCCUGGGCACGUAUUCAUAAAACAUCUCAAAGUGCAGGAGAAAAGGGAGUAAACGUAGAAUUGAACAAGCCGUCGGAUCUGAGCUGAUAUGAGAGAAGCUUCCUGCCAUCACCCGCUGCUGCUGUGGACAGAUGGGGAAAGAGGGAUGGAUGGUGGGAGAGAGGGAAGGAAAAGGGAUGGUGGGAUGUAGAGGAGAGAGAUGAAAGAACCCAACUUGGAAUAGUCUGCUUUCUUUAAACUUUUAAUAUCCAAAGUUGACACACAACACACACAGAGUCCCUGAAUGUGAUGUCAUUGCACUGCAAGGAAUCAUCAUUAUUUGCCAAGUUUCUGUUUUUGCUUGUUGCAUUGAUUUUUGGCCUUUAUUAUGUGAAGAAUGCCGGUGUAAAAAUGAGCUAUGGAGAAAAAUAAUAUGUAUUAAGUGAACCAAUGCAAAAAAAAUAUUGUUUUGAAUUUUGGGGUGAUGAAAGAAGUGUACCCAUAUGUACUUAUCUGUCGGACGGGUUGUCGUGGUCUCCAUCGGAUGGAUCUCUCAGUGUUAUUAAAAAAAGGUACAAAAGACUGUGCGUGAUGUCCCUCGACCGAAGGUUGUGACACUGUCCGGCUAUUGCCUGAUGCGCACUAUAGAGCCGACUCAAACCGCACUUCGCUAAUUUGGAUACUUUCUUUUCACAUGAUCCUUUGCAUCACAAUUUUAGGAUGAUGAGUAACCACGCCAGACCAGUACAGUACAACGAGUCACGGCCCGGUUUGGCUUAGUUGAGUAAAAAGGCUAUUAAUAGCUUGAGCUGCACUGACUCGAAUAAGAUAGAAGUUUUCACAUUUUUUUGCAAACUGCGGUAGUGAUUUUCACAUUGCAGGUAUAUGUUGACUGCGGUGCUGUUCUGUGUCCUGGCACUCAUUGCUUGGUAACUGGGUCUUGUUCAUUAGGCACCAAACAGAAGAAAAUGGACUGAAACUGACAUGCUCGUUUUCCAUUGCAAAACAGUUUUAAAAGUUUUAAAAGUCCUUCCUAAUGAACACGGCCCUCUGUGCGCUACAGGAGCAUCCUGACCUGCGAUCAGUGAUCUGUCAGUUGUUGCAGACGUUAAUAUCACCUUUGUCUUAAAAAAACAAAAACUGACACCUACCUAUUAGCCUUGCAGUUCUGAAGUUGAAUUCGUGUGUGUGUGUGUGUGUGUGUGUAUCUGCACGUAUGCAUGUGUGCGAUACCUUCACUAACCACUGAGCAGAGGUUGAAAGUGAGUGAGAGCGACUGCAAGAAUACCGGCAUGACUAUUCUCUCUGGCUAUACACCAUCGCCAUCAUGUGGUCACAUCUGACCAAUGAGUUUAUCAACAGGAGAAUUGGCAGACCCAACUGAAUGCGGCAGGUAUCCUAGCGGUUAAGAGCGUUGGGCUAGUAUCCGAACUCGCUGGUUUGAAUUUUUGUUCAAACUGUAUUUAUUUGCCAUUGAUCUAUUCAUGUAUCAAUAAAUCAGUUGACAUGUAAAUAAGACAACAUUUAGAGAGCAGUUUAUGUAUGUAUUGUUUGCAUUAACUUUAAAAUAUAAAUUCCAGUAUGUAAUUACUGACCUUUCAAUUGGUUCCAUUGUAAAGGGCAAGCUCAAUCAAGCACAGCGGAAAUAUACAUUUUUUUCACCCAUGUCUGAAUUUAUAUCCCUUCAUUGCAGAGUCUCCUCAGGAACUUCUCUUCCCAGGUGUUGUCUCACAUCACAUCCACAGGAAAGCCAAUGACCUCUUUCUAGUCCCUACUCUUUUGGUGUUUACAAAUGUAUGAAGGAAUAAAAUAUGUGCAAGGAAUAUGGAGGAAACUCCCUAAAUAAAUGUUGAUGAUGGCUCUGCCAACACUGUUUACGUAACAGCAAAUGACAGUCGCUGUACAGAGCUGUUAGAGAGAGGUUGAGUGAAUAGCAGAGUCUGGCUUGUUCUGCUCUAACCAGGAGUAUGGUCCCUACUAUCAGGAGCAGGACAGGGGCCCACUUAUUGCAUUCAGAAAAAACACCAAGAUGAUUCAUGAUUUGGUCGUUUUUGGCUUUCGAGUUUACAUCAAGAGCAACCAAGAAGACAAAGAUCAGAUGAGCGGUACCGGCCAGGAUGAGAAAUGUUCCAGCCAAUGACCGUCACCUAGUCUAUGGACAAAUUACACUUGAGGUAUUCAGUGCACUUGGCCCAAGGAUGCUGGUGAUGGAGGUGAUGGCCAAAGCUACAACCCCAAUGUAAUGGGGAAACAGAAUAAUUGCCAGUAUGGACAUCAUCCACCCUGCCACUCCCAGGGUGUUGACCACAAACUCCAUCCAACUCUGCUUCAGUGGGGCUUUAGGAUGUAUUGAAGGGGUAGACAGUUCUGUACAGCAUGGUCCCCCUGGUCAGGAGUGUGCAGACCACAGUGGUAACGAUAAAUCCUAUGGCUCUCUGUCCAUACCCAUCAACAUGCUCUCUUCUACACCUGCCCUUUCUGGGGGAAGGGUGAUACAGUAAAAAGCCCUCUGUCUGCUUUACUGUGGUGUCAAAAAUUAGGCUGUCAUGGAAACACAACCAAUUAAUAAAGACGUGGUUGUACAUUUUCA